AUGAUGUCUUUUGGACGAGUUCGCCGUGAAACGCCGGCCGAGCGCGUUUUGCAAUUCUCGUGCUGCCGACAAUUCCCCUGCUUCGAUCUCGACCCCCCAGCAAUCCAUCAGCGCGGCCCGUCGGUCUCGCUGGCUUCCAAAAUUCCGCCGCCUACGGUCGAAGAAAUUGAGAACGUCGUCGGGCAGGCGUUCGAAGCACAAUCGCUCACAAAGACCAUUGGCAACUCGGCAAAAUCGACGACAUCGACGACAGUCAAUUUAGCAGCGGUCGGCGGCACAAUGAAUGAGAAGCGCUCAGCAUCGACCGUAUUUCUAAACAAAUUCCUUGGCAAAAAGGGCAGUCAGACUGUCGAUGAUUCCGCUUGCAAAAGGAAACGUCGGCCGGUGAGCGCGGUGUUCUCAUCAGCAAUUCAUCGCCUCUCAAAUUCGACGACAUCAAUGAACCCGAAACGAAUGACCACCACUGAGUUGUGCCUCAAUAAGAAGGAGCUCAAUCACAUUCGAAUGCGAUCAUCGAACAUCAUUGAUGAGCACGUCGCGAAAACGUCGUCGUCGCUAGCCUCCGGCACCGGUUCGAGUUCGUCCGACAUCGAGAAUCAGAAGCGCGUCUCAUCGUCGGACAGCAGCGCCGCCGGCUCAUCGACGUCGCCAAUUCCGCCGACGCUCGUCUUCGAGGAGAAGCUCGGCGAAUGGAUCUAUCCGAUCGAUGAGACGAUCAAAUCGCAACUCGACAACUGCAAUUAUUUUGUCGGGCUUCCAUCGAGAGACUCCAUCAUUCGCAACUUGAUGUCGCAACCCGAAGGCGCAUUUGUGGUCCGCUACAGCGAGAGCAAGAAGAAGUGUCUGGCGUUGUCGAUGCGGGUUCCGGCGACGCACAAUCCCGCCGGAAUCUCGCACUAUUUGAUCAUUCGCAACGAGCACGGGUUCAGGCUCAAGUUGUCCGGCAGCAACAAGCCGUUUCCGACACUUCAGAUGCUUCUCACGCAUUUCUCGGUGCUCGAAGGCAAUCUGCCGUGCCCUCUUCAUUUUGUGCAAUGGGACAAAUCGUUGUGGAAACAGCAAACGCAACACCAUCAGCCGACGGCUGAACGCCAUCGGCACUCGACGGCGCUCACCAAGAUCGACGAGAAUCGCAAUUUGACGAGCUCGCACUCGUCGUCGCAGAUGUUGUUCACACCGCGGCGUUGCGGCGCCGAGGACUUCACAACGCCGAAGCGCCGAUCGCGACAUCACGAUAUCAACUCGAUUCGACGAACGCAAUUCUUCGAGAUCGAGAGCCCGAUCAUUUCCUGA